UAACCAAAACACACAAACAAAUACAUGUACAAGCACUGCACACACUUGAUAUGGAUUUGUCUGUAAAAUCAGUAGAUGAGGUAGUGGAAGAGAUAAUGAGAAUUCAUAGAUCUCUUCCCCAAAGACCAGGAAUGGAUGACGUCGAAGCUGCCUUGAUACUGAUCCGAAAUGCAGAUCAUGAAGAACAGUCGAGGCUCGAAAGCAUUAGCAAACAAAAGAGGAGAAAACAUAUCCCUGAAGAUCUCUUUAAUGUGUUGUUAGAUAUGCAGAAACAUUUAGUCCAGUUCCAAAGUAAAGAACAGAAAAGAGAUGCUGUUAAAUUGCUAGAACUUGAAAACCAUCAUCAACAAUUUGAUGACAUGAUUCAGAAAGCUUCCAAAUGUUGUACUUCCUCUUUUACUACUAAUUAUACUAACACUCCUACUACUACUAAUGGCAAUAAUAGUGCCCAAUCAUCGAUUACGUCGAGCUCUAGUAGUUCUUCGCCUUCAACAAAUCCAGCUUCUGUCUCUAGUGCAGGUUUAAGUAACUCUAGCAUUUUGAGUGUGUCUACUGUUUCAUCUUCUAGCUUGCCCUUUGAUAAAGAGGCUGUUAAAAGAUCUCAGUUGGUCACUAGAGAUGAUAGCUAUGUGAAGAGUUCCAAGUCUGCGUUUUAUGGGAGCGUGAUGGGAGCCGGCUAUAGAUCAAGUGAUUUUGCCAUGCCACAAAUUGUGGAUUCUAGUUUAAAAUCUACUAUUACUUCUGGGCAAGAAGGUGACAAAAUGAGUCUUAUAAAGCUUGCUAGUUUGAUUGAAGUGUCUUCAAAGAAAGGAAUCAAAAAUCUUAAUCUUUGUAAUAAGCUCAUGGAGCAAAUCGAUUGGCUUCCCGAUUCAAUAGGGAAGUUAUCGAGUCUAACCACACUAGAUCUAUCUGAAAACGACCUUGUUUCAUUACCAUCUUCCAUUGGAAGCCUUUCAUCAUUAACAAAACUAGAUUUACAUUCAAACAAGAUGAUGGAGCUCCCGGAAUCCAUAGGGAGUCUUGCUAGCUUAAUCCAUCUUGAUUUACACGGAAACUUAUUGACGUCUCUCCCUGCAACUUUCGGUAACUUAAUCCACCUUCAAGAACUUGAUUUGAGUUCUAACAGCCUUUCUAUUCUUCCUGAUUCGAUUGGUUCACUCGUUAGUCUACAAAAACUGCAUAUUGAGACUAAUGAUAUAGAAGAAAUUCCACAUUCUAUUGGUCAUUGCUUAUCCCUCAAAGAACUCAUUGCAGACUAUAACAAACUUAAAGCCUUGCCAGAAGCUGUAGGAAGAAUAGAGUCGUUAGAGAAACUAUCUGUUCGUUAUAACAACAUCUGUAAGUUACCAACCACCAUGUCGUCUUUAAAAAGCAUACGACAACUUGAUGUAAGCUUCAACGAGCUAGAAUCGGUGCCUGAAAGCUUAUGUUUUGCUACUACACUCACCAAGAUUGAUAUUAGCAACAACUUUGCUGAUUUAACAUCCUUACCAAGAUCCAUUGGAAACCUUGAGCAUUUGGAAGAGUUGAAUAUGAGCAAUAACCAAAUACGAGUCCUUCCAAACUCAUUUAGGAUGCUAUCGGAGUUACGUGAGCUUAAAGUGGAAGGGAAUCCAUUAGAACUACCACCAACUAACAUACUUGAGAAAGGCGCCCAGGCUGUUGUUCGGUACAUGGGUGAAGUUCAUGAAAAAAAGGAUUUGAAGGAGCAACCUCUCAAACCCAAGAAGUCUUGGACUCGGUUUUUCCUCUUUUCAAGCUCUAACAAAAGAAAGCGUCAUCCUCUUGACUGUGUGGCUGCCUAAUUUGCUUCAGAUUCUUAGUUGAAUCAUUAACUGGGUCACUGGCUAUUGCUUCACCAUCUGUUUCACAGCGCCAGCCACCAAAGGAAAUUGUGAAACGGACCUUGCCGGAUCAAUCUAAUUAUCUAAGAAUGCCAACACGAAUAUCGCCUGCAAAUGUCUGCCUAGAAACUUUCGGGUGCUAUAAUUUCCUAAGUUUCCUCAUAACCACAUGCAUUUGGGAAGCCUUAAGUGAUUGGUACUUUCUCAUGAUAACAUUAUCGCUGUACGAAUUCUCGAGUUUAAAACCAAACCUGACCGGCUGAUUUGGACUUUGGAUCUUCAUUGACUUCUAUCCUAUAUAUAUCUUUUGAUACGGAUACAUUGAAUGACUUGGUGCAAUUUUAUUUGUAGAAGAAAACUAUAUAUUGAAGUACAUUUGUAAAAGUUCGCAUUAAGUACAUUGAAAAUUUAGUU